CUUUUAGCUUCUAAAUGGUUACAUUUGAAGGCCUGGAAUGACAUCGAUUUUUGUUAUAGGUGACCCGAUGACAAAAGAAAAUGAAAGGCAUUAAGAAGAGCCCCACAGAAGAAUGCCUUUAUCUGGAAUACUCUCACCAGACAGAAGGCUGCACCUUUCCUCUGCAUACAUCUGUAACUUUGUUUUUACUGUCGUACUGUGACUGCAAGGUCUUUAACGUUUGCUUAGUCCUUACCGAAGAAACUACAGACACCUCGCUCCUAAGAGAGACGCUGUCACAGGACAUGGAAAUACAGGUUAUUUCAAAGCAGGAACUCCCACCGAUUGUCCAGAAUUGCUCUUUGCCUGCGGUGGUAGAACAACCAGACAUUUUCUGUAGAGCAGGACUUGCUGUUGUCCUAAGACACAUAAUCCAGAAAUCCUAUGAAGCUGAGCCCUCAAGAAAAGAAAUUUUGGAACUUCUGGGUUUUAAAAAGACUUGUUUGAAAGCCUGUGCUGAAGUUAGUCAGUGGACCAGGCUAUGUGAACUCACCAUCCCUUUGGCUGUUGAGAAAUUUCUUCAAGAGUCUUCUGACCAGCCCCCAACUAUCCCUGAAGAAAUACUACAGCUUGAGAGAAAACUCAGCGAGCCUGUCAGAGUACACAACGACGACAAACUCCGCAGACAGAAGCUGAAGCAGCAGAAGGCUGCUGGAGUUGAGCCUCUGUCUGGUAAGGGAAAAGCGAAGAGCAAGGCCAGUGCAGAGCAGGCCCCCAAGGAGUUGGCUGGCUCAUCCAAGAGUCUAGAGCUGAAGGUGGCAUUCUCAAAGCUCACUGUGCAAGAAGACCCAGCUGCUACCAGCAGGGAGCCUUCCCACAUCAGGAAAGCCAAAGCCUCCGACCUUCCACCCCUGGAGCACGUGUUUGCAGAAGGCCUGUACUUCACUUUGACAGACAUCGUGCUUUUGCCCUGUGUUCACCACUUUUUGGUAAUUAUCUGCAAGAAAUUUUCUGAGAAGCUACAAGAGUUUCCACUGCUAGCCUCUUGGUAUCAGAGGAUUCAGGAAGUGCCCAAAGUCAAGACAGCAGCUUCUAAGUGUGGGAUCCACUUUCUGUAUUUACCAGAGCUGCUGAACUCUGCAAGCCAACAGCACCUGAACUCUAAUGAAGUAACAGCUGCAGAGGAGCCAAAUGAUCCUUUGUUUACAGGAGGACCAAGACCAACUAUGACCAAGUUAAUGGAAAAAGGCAUUGAAGCCAUGUUUUCUCCUCACCCUUGCCCUGCCUGGACCCUGGACUGGAGCAGCCUUCCUGCUGCCGUCAGCCCGAAGGAAGGUAAAAUGUCCACUGAUCGAGCUUUGAGGAAGCAGCAACAGUUAAACAACCUCGUUUAUGUGGUGCUAAAUCAAGCCAAACCUGGUGACAGAAUAGUGGAUUUCUGCAGUGGCGGGGGCCAUGUUGGAAUUGUUCUUGCGCAUAUGCUGCCCUCUUGCCAGGUUACAUUAAUAGAAAACAAGGAAUUAUCAUUAAUACGUGCCAAGAAGAGAAGUGACGAACUAGGUUUAAGCAAUAUUUGGUUCAUUCAAGCAAAUAUGGAGUAUUUUACAGGAAUAUUUAACAUUGGGGUAGCUUUGCAUGCUUGUGGAGUGGCAACAGACAUGGUGAUAGAGCACUGCAUCCAAACACGAGCAUCUUUCAUCACCUGCCCGUGCUGUUAUGGGUUCAUUCAGAACACGUCAAAGUUUAAUUUUCCAAAAAGUGAAAAAUUCAAGGAAACUUUGUCAUACAAGGAACACAUGAUUCUGUGCAGAUUUGCAGAUCAGACAGCUGUCCAGCUUCCACCCCAGCGAAGACUCAUAGGGAAGCAGUGCAUGUGCCUGGUGGAUCUGGACCGUGCAAGCGCAGCAGAAGAGCACGGCUACACUGUUCAUGUGAUAUCUAUGGAGCCAGAGAGCUGCUCUCCCAAAAACAACAUGAUUGUGGGUGUCCCCAUGUAGAAGGGGGCACUCACACUUGGUAUUUUUGCCAUUGGCUUCAUGACGAAAGCCCAGGGGCAUUCAUGAGCUGUUGGUGUGUUACUGGAAGCAGCAUUGAGCAUUUUGAGCCUGUUGAAAGCUUCAGGAAGAUCUUGGAAGAGGGACACUCUUGCUCUGUGUAAAGAAGGAUGACUGGCUUCCUAGAGGGAAUCCCUGAAGCCUUAGCUGCCAAAAGAACCAUUUUCUCUGGACAAGUUUCCAUCAGCAGAACCAUUUUCUCACACGUUUUCUUGAUUGUGUCAGUGGGAUAUGCAAUCCAAGCUGUGUCCUCACAGUCUUCAUUUUAUAAUCUUUAGAUAUCCAUACUUGGUGAUCAAAACUAAACUAAAAGGUGGUUGUGAUUUUUAUAGUUUUAAUAAGUACCUUUUCUGUGUUUUUGUUGUUUUUAAUCUAGAAUGGUAAAUUUGGGGUGUGUGUGUGUGUGUGUGUGUGUGUGUAAUCUGAGGUUGAUUGAAUCUGCAUGCCAUGU